UAUACCACCUGACCUGAAAUACAGAGUGAGGGAUACAGACUUGGAUCAAAUCAUUUAGUUAGCCAAGAUCAAACUAAAGAAGAAGCUACCAUUAUGAAUUCAAAAGCAAACGCCAGCAGGAAGUUAAAACAACCCAUCGCUGUAGUUCGUCGUGCAACCAUGGCAACGUGCAGAGAUGAAAGAAAGCCUCAAACUUCGGGAACUUUGAACUCACGAGCUAGCAGCAUCAAUAAACACACUGCAGCUUUGACCACCACUAAACGACCAGCUACAACAACACAACCGACUCAGCAGAAGAGCUUAAAACGACAAAAUUCGAACACUGAAAACAUGGCGCCUGCUGCAAAAGUAAGAAAAGGAGAAACUGUAACCGUUGCAAACAAGAAAGGUGCUCCAAAAAGAGCAGCAUGGGAUUACAAGGGUCGGAUGGAAGAUAUGGAAGAAUAUAUGACAACAUUGAAGAGCAUACAACAGGAAAGUAUUCAGAGAAUAGAGACCCUGGAAUCACAAAAAGAUCAACUUCAAGGAAACGUCGUUCUCAAGGAAAAGGAAAAAGAGGAGGCAUCGGCGCUAAGCAAAGAACUGCAGUCUCGUCUGGAAGAGAAGUCACUGGUGGAGCGAGAAUUACGUGAAGAAUUGGGAAGAGAACGAGAAGAGAAGGAUCGCGUCGAGCGGGAAAACGAGGAAUAUAAGUUUGAAUCAGAACUGGCGAAGAACGAGAUUAAAACAUUAAAGCAAAGAUUAUCAACUAUGACUACAGAAAUUUUGACUGUCAACACGGAAUUAGAGGCAACAAAGGUUUCUUUUAAGAAAGCAAACGAUGAGAUUGAGCGCCAGUCAGUUUUGAUAUCUGAGCUUCAAAAUACCGUCAAAUCCCGUGAGGAAACUAUUGAGGAGUUAGAAUGCAAGCUGAGAGAAGAAGAAACAACACGACGAAAGCUCCAUAACGCUGUCCAGGAAUUGAAGGGAAAUAUUCGUGUGUUCUGCAGAGUAAGACCAAGUUUACCAACCGAGGCUGACGUUCCGCUGACGAAGAUGGAGUUUGAGAAUGAUACAAACGUUGUUUUGUGUCAAACAAAUGGAAGUGAGUCCAUAAGUGGCACGAAGCGUCAAGCCAGCAACCUUCCAUUCAACUUUGACAAAGUAUUUCCUCCAGUGUCCUCUCAGGAAACGGUAUUUUCGGAAAUAUCCCAGUUGGUGCAGAGCGUGCUUGACGGUUACAAUGUUUGUAUCUUCGCCUACGGGCAGACUGGCUCGGGCAAAACGUUCACAAUGGAGGGAGAUUUAAGCGAGAGAGAGACUUGGGGAAUGAUACCUAGAGCCAUGGAGCAAGUGUUUUAUACUUGUGAAAAUUUGGAGAGCAAAGGAUGGAAGUACGAUAUGAAGGCGUCAUUUCUCGAGAUAUACAACGAGACGAUACGUGAUCUGCUUGCCACAGGUGACCCGAACGUAAAACACGAAAUCAAGCAAGUUGUGACAAACACCGGAAAGCAGGCGAACGAUGUUGACGUCACUAACUUGAAAACGGUUACGGUGAAGUCUCCGAACCAGGUAUCAAGUCUUCUGCACAAGGCAUACGAGAACCGCGCCGUUGCGGCGACGAACUGCAAUGAGCGCUCCUCCAGAAGCCAUUCCGUGUUUCGGCUCAAAUUAACUGGAAACAAUGAUAUUACGGGAGAGCAAUGUCAAGGUACCCUGAGUCUUGUGGAUCUGGCUGGAUCCGAGCGUUUGAGUCAAUCUGGGUCGACUGGGGCGAGAUUGAAAGAAACUCAAAAUAUCAACAAGAGUUUGUCUAAUCUGGGUAUUGUGUUCAAUGCUUUGGCAAACAAGGAUUCCCAUGUGCCAUACAGAAAUUCUAAACUGACCUAUUUACUUCAAAAUUCGAUUGGUGGAAACAGUAAGAGUCUAAUGUUUGUCAAUAUCUCUCCUCGUGAAGAUUCUCUACAAGAGACUCUCAGCUCACUUCGUUUUGCGACCAAGGUCAACACAUGCAACAUUGGCACCGCUCAAAAAGUCAAAAGGAAUUAAAGACGCGACUCAAAAUGACAUUGAAAUAUAUAAGUUUUAUCAUUUUAGAAUAAUAAGUGAACAUGUAUAUAGCAGGAGUACUCUGUCCUAAGUACCUUUGUGCAGUUUUGACUAAAGCUGUAAUAUUUUUGUAAAUAUUUUGCGAUUCUCAAAACUUGCACCAUAAGAAAUAUUAACUCGCGGUGUUAUUACAUUCGGGUCCCGAUCUUUUGUGUUGGAUGCUAAAUUCGAUAACAUGCAUGCAUUAAGAGCAUGCAGAGAUGAAUUUUCGAUUCAUAAAGCAACUGCAAAAUCUAAUGUCCCUCUUUUUUGGAACAUUUGUAAUGAUUGCACUGGCCUGUUUUUCAGUCUAUCGCAACAUACUCUUAAUGUUGGAUCAAACUCGACUUUACAAUUCGACCCAAUUUCCCUCUAUGCAUGACGUUAUAUCUGCCGCUAUGUUAGCUAUAUACAAUAAUAUAUGGCAUGAAAGAACAGUCGAAACUAUCAAUUAUAUAGAUGCGCGUGCUGUCUAAUGGAGCUGUGUGCGCCGUUAUCAUUGAAAUACAUAUACAUUCUCCUGUUGAUCUCCAUGUACUUAUUAUAUAAGUGACUCCCAACUCCCCUUCAUGUAGUUGAUAAAGCAACACGAAUGUGCCACUUCUAAAACUGCAUGGACGUUUUGAGUCAAAGCAAAUUUGGGCGAUUUCCAAAUCAAUCUGCCAUUC